GGAGAUAUCAAGAGAGGGGAUGGGACUUUUUGGCACUGUAUCUGUCUACCAAGUAACAUAGAAUGACACAUACAAACAUGGCUUUAUGGCUGAAGCAAAAAUAGCUUCUCUUUUAAGCUCAAUGGGGAUGCUGCUGUCUUUUCCAGCUGGUCUUGUCAGUCAAAUUUCAAAACAAGAUGGCAGACAGAUGCAACUGGGUUAUAACACUCUCAGUGUGUACAGUCUGCAUGCUGGUGGUUCAAGCAGACAUCAUAACGCACACUCCUGUGGGCCAGCUGUUUGUCCAUGAGCUAAAGAGAGAAGUCUACCAAAAUGAAUUUGAGCCAUUUCUCACACACUAUGGACGUGUGUAUAAUGACCCCAUGGUGUUCAAGUGCAACAAGCAGCAGUUCCCAGACCUGCCACGCUGGCUGCGCUUCACACAGCGCCACCCAUAUGACAAUGGCUUCCUGUAUGGUACACCGCUGCCCCAAGACCUAGGCAAAAACAUCAUCGAGAUUUUUGUCACAAAUAAACGAAGUUACGAGACUUUCAAGGAGCGCCUUGUUAUAAACAUUGGGCCUGCAGUCAAACUGAUGCCUUACCAGGCUGAAUUCUUCAUUGGGCUGAGGGAGAUUGAGAAGGUCUUACCAUUUGAGGUUCAGGAGGAGAUAAAGCAAGACAUCCAGCUGAUCUGGGAAACUGAUAGUCUUGACUAUGUCAACAUCACCUCUGCUCUGGACCGUGGUGGACGUGUCCCUCUGCCUCUGCCUGGACACUAUGAGGGUGUGUACGUGAAGCUAGGGUCAGAUCAACCCUACUCCCCAUGUCUGCUGAGGCUGCAGACAGCAGAUCAUCUGCGAGAGUGUGAGGCCAGAGGGAAGCUCAGUGGAGAUUGCAGUGUGUGCACCAUCCCUGCUAACUGUGUGAGCUGGUGCAAGUCAGCUCUGAUUGAUUUAUCCAGGCCUGUACCUCCUACUUCAGCACCAACCAUGGGUUCAAGCAUUCUGGCAUGGGGAGGAGAGUUUAUCCCACCUGACUCUCCCCCUGAAAGAGACUUCAUCCCUGACUACAUAGUUACCAUUAUUGUGCCCUUUGUUCUCGCUAUCCUCCUCUGCCUCAUUCUAGCUUACGUGAUGUGCUGCAAGAGAGAAGGAGUUCAGAAACGUGAUGCCAUGACUCCAGAGCUCCAGCUUUACCAUCACCACACCAUCCAUGGGAAUAGCAGUGAGCUACGGAACAUGGCACGCAAUCGUAGUAGUGUACCACAGCCGCUGUCUACUCUGCCUAUGUUUAACGCCCGAACCGGGCAGAGGGCACCUCCAGAGUACCCCUCCGACAGUGUCCACAUCCCCCUCAUCAUGGCCCAGCAAACUGUCGAGGAGACGAAGGGGACAACCUCGAACUUCAAUCGUCAUUUGGCAAGACUACACCCAGAGAAGGAAGUGACACGCUACAUUCAUUGCUCUGUUUAUAGCAGGACUUGCUUGCUGACUGAUGAAUUAGCUAGUGUUAACCCUCUCUCAUGUUAUUUGCCCUGUUGAUAGUGGGGCUUGCUGCGCAAUAAACAAGCUUUUUAUUUGUAGCCUAUUAACAAAAAUGGGGCAGCCAAGCAGUAAUGUUAGUUCAACACAAUAGCAGAGACAGUUUCACAUAAAGGCAGCAACAGCCACCGUCAAAUGGUGCGGUUGGAGUCUUGUUCUCUGACUCGACUCGGAUCAAUGGUGGACUCAACUCGAAAUUUUCUUUAAUGACUUGGAACUGACUUGGACUUGAACACUGGGGACUCAAGACUGGACUCGGACUCGAGGUUUAGUGACUCGACUACAACACUGUCACCCAUAUAACAGCAGAGGGCGAGCUCAACAGGAAUAAUGAUAACCUUGGCAGAAAGAAGUGUGUUUUCAAAGGGCAUUGCUUUAUUUGGUGCUUUAAUGUUAUAGCCUCACCGUCAACAACCCCCUGACUGUUUAGAGACUAUGAUGAACAUUAGCUUUCUGAGGAAGUAACUAAAGUUAUAAGGUUUCAUCAGUGGAUACACUGAUAUAUAUAACAUGUUAGUAAGUGAAAAUAUUUUGAAUAUGGACAAUUAUAUCUGAUAUUUUUUAAC